AUGCGUCUCCUCCCCCUCCUCCCCCUAGCUCUGCUAGCACAGGCACAUUCCCCACCAUGCACGAACAAAACAGACGCCACCCGCGACGCGAUAAUGGAAAUCAUCACCUCCCCACACACAGACGAAGUAGACCUCCUCGCCGCCAAAAGCCUGUACACAUUAUCCAAGUGGCAGAAAAAACACGACAGGAAUAACACCUGUACGAUUGAGAAUGCUGUGAGACGACGAGAAUGGUCCAACCUCUCGGGCCGCGAGAGAAUCGCAUACACAGAUGCUGUGAAAUGCCUGCAACGAUUACCGGCGAAGACUAAUUCCACGUACGCGCCGGGUGCGAAGUCGCGGUUUGAUGAUUUUGUGGUUACGCAUAUUGAGCAGACGUUGAGUAUUCAUGAUACGGCGAAUUUUUUGACCUGGCAUCGGUAUUAUGUUUAUACUUAUGAAAAGGCGUUGAGGGAUGAGUGUGGGUAUGAGGGGUAUCAACCUUAUUGGAAUUGGGGGAAGUACGCUAAGGAUCCGAUUCAUUCUCCGCUUUUUGAUGGGAGUGAGACAAGUAUGGGAGGAAACGGCGCAUACGUCAAUCACACCGGUGUGCUCAUCACCGGUACUCCAGCUCCGUAUGAUGUUAUACCGCCAGAUCAAGGAGGUGGUUGUGUGACCACUGGUCCAUUCUCAAACAUGACAGUCAACCUCGGCCCCCUCGCCGCCUCCAUCUCAGGCGUCCCAUCUAACCCCCUCCCUAACGGUCUAGGCCACAACCCCCGCUGUCUGCGUCGAGACGUGAAUAAAAACUCCGCUACCGUAACAACCAGCAACUACACGUACGCGCUUAUAACCGAGAGUGAGACGCUCGCGCGCUUUCAGAGGGUGAUGCAGGGAGAGUUCAGCUUAGGGAAGUGGGGUGUACAUACGGGGGGACACUAUACUGUUGGUGGGGAUCCUGGGGGUGAUUUCUUCGCUUCCUCGGGCGAUCCCACAUUCUACCUGCACCACGGAAUGAUCGAUCGCGUGUACUGGCUUUGGCAACUCCAGGAUUUGAGUACGAGACUUAAUGAGGUGGCGGGCACGAUUACGUUGGGGAAUGUGCCGCCGAGUCGGAAUGGAACGGUGGAUGAUGUUGUGGGGUUGGGUGUUAAUGCGAAGGGUGUUAGGUUGGGGGAGUUGUUGAAUACUAUGGGGGGUUUGGGGAGGGAGUUUUGUUAUGUUUAUGUUUAG